UUGUGUUUCUGCAGAAACCAGGCAGUGCUAGGAACAAGCAACUGCUGCCAAGAGCUCAGUGCUGCUCUUCCCUCACCCUGCACCACGCACGACUCACAGCAUUGGCUGUUUCUCUCUCCAGGCAAAAUCCACCCAGCAAGAAUGAGGAAUCACCAGCUAGCAGUUGGUGUUGCUGCUUCAGCCUCCGAAAGCCAUCCUCUGGCAGCAAACGCCAACUGCAGCGCAAUGCCAGGCAGCCCUCAGAAACAGCAGUGGUAGUCCUGGCAGGUGAAUCGAGCCCUUGCCAAGCCAUAAGAUCCAGGGCAAGUAGCGAGGAUGCUCUCUGUGCUUCCAUCAGUGAAGAGCUCUUAGGAAGCACAAAUUGCUGCAUUUCUAACAGCAGCCUUCCAUCUAACAACAUUAAUGGAGAGAAGGAGCUCAUCGAAGUUCAUGCUCUCAUUACACCUGGCUCUGCUGAAGUUGCUGACCUGGGCCUGCCAGACACCACAGUCAGCAGCCUGGAUUGUAACCAGGAGUCUCUGCAGUGCGGCCCAUCCCAAGCACAGUGUGAGUGCCCUGACAGCAGCACCUCCAUGCAGGAGCAGGUCAGCGUCAGUGAGGAGGAGCAGAGCCUCUUGCAGGGGGACUUUCAAUCAGGCCUCCAGUCCCAGGCACCGGACAGCAGCACUGAGAGCUCUGAGCCACUCUCUCCAUGACAAGACAGGAUGAGUCCCAUCUUCACCGUGGACCUCUCCCACCCUCCUGUCCUUCAUAUAAUAAUAAAAGCACACUCGUGCUCAACCAA